GCGGCUGGGGCGGCGUGGACAGCGCAGAGCCGGACGCGCGGCGCGGAGCAGCAGCGGGCACAAAACUACACAAAGCUUCAGCCCCAAACCACAGAGCAAGCAUGAAUGACAUUUCUCAAAAGGCAGAGAUUCUGCUUUCUUCAUCUAAACCUGUCCCCAAAUCCUAUGUGCCAAAACUUGGCAAGGGUGACGUAAAGGAUAAGUUUGAAGCCAUGCAGAGGGCCAGGGAAGAAAGAAAUCAAAGGCGGUCUAGAGAUGAAAAACAAAGAAGAAAAGAACAAUAUAUUAGAGAGAGAGAAUGGAACAGGAGAAAGCAGGAGAUUAAAGAAAUGCUUGCUUCUGAUGAUGAGGAAGAGAUUUCUGCUAAAGUAGAAAAGGCUUAUGUCCCAAAGCUAACAGGGACAGUUAAAGGUAAAUUUGAUGAAAUGGAGAAACACAGACAAGAAGAACAAAGGAAGAGAACCGAAGAGGAAAGAAAACGCAGAACUGAGCAGGAUCUGUUAGAAAGGAGGAAAAUACAGCGUGAAUUAGCAAAAAGGGCUGAACAGGAAGGAGAUGAUUCACUACUUAUAACAGUGGUACCUGCCAAAUCGUACAGAACAUCUGGAAAAGUAGACAAUCCUGAGGACCUGGAUAAAGAAGGGAAUGAAAGGUUUAAUCAUGAAGAGGAGCGCCGCUCUCUCAAAGAAGCAAAGUGUCUGUCAUUAGUCAUGGAUGAUGAAACAGAGGCCAAAAAAGAAUCACAUUUUCCUGGAAAACUGAAAUCAACUUUUGAAGAACUGGAACGACAAAGACAAGAAAAUCGCAAGAAACAAGCUGAAGAGGAAGCAAGACGGCGGUUAGAGGAAGAGAGACGUGCCUUCGAGGAAGCAAGGAGGCACAUGGUAAAUGAGGAGGAUGAAAGCCAAGAUAUAGAAACAGUUUUUAAAGAGUACCGCCCUGGAAAACUCAAACUCAGUUUUGAGGAAAUAGAAAGGCAAAGGAGAGAAGAUGAAAAAAGAAAAGCAGAGGAGGAGGCCCGGAGGAGAAUAGAGGAAGAGAAGAAGGCAUUUGCUGAAGCAAGGAGAAGCAUGGUGUUAGAUGACGAUUCCCCAGAGAGGUAUAAAACAGUCUCUCAAGAAUCUCUAAUACCUGGAAAACUGGAAAUUAAUUUUGAAGAACUGUUAAAGCAAAAAAUGGAAGAAGAAAGACGACGAACAGAGGAGGAACGGAGACAUAAACUAGAAAUGGAGAAACAGGAAUUUGAGCAGCUGAGACAAGAAAUGGGAAAGGAAGAAGAAGAAAAUGAAACUUUUGGAUUGAGUAGAGAAUAUGAAGAAUUAAUCAAGUUAAGAAGGAGUGGUUCUAUUCAAGCUAAAAAUCUAAAAAGCAAGUUUGAAAAAAUUGGACAGUUGUCUGAAAAAGAAAUACAGAAAAAGAUAGAAGAAGAGCGGGCAAAAAGGAGAGCAAUUGACCUUGAAAUUAAAGAGCGAGAAGCAGAAAACUUCCACGAGGAAGAUGAUGUUGACGUAAAGCCUGCAAAAAAAAGUGAAUCUCCCUUUACUCAUAAAGUGAACAUGAGAGCCAGAUUUGAACAAAUGGCUAAAGCAAGAGAAGAGGAAGAACAAAGGAGAAUUGAAGAACAAAAGUUACUACGAAUGCAGUUUGAACAGAAAGAAAUUGAUGCGGCACUACAGAAGAAACGAGAAGAUGAGGAAGAAGAAGGUAGCAUCAUUAAUGGAUCCACUACUGAAGAUGAAGAGCAAACCAGAUCAGGAGCUCCAUGGUUCAAAAAACCCCUAAAAAACACCUCAGUUGUAGACAGUGAGCCAGUCAGAUUUACUGUUAAAGUAACAGGAGAACCCAAGCCAGAAAUUACAUGGUGGUUUGAAGGAGAAAUACUGCAGGACGGAGAAGACUAUCAAUAUAUUGAAAGAGGUGAAACUUACUGCCUCUAUUUACCAGAAACGUUCCCAGAAGAUGGAGGAGAAUACAUGUGUAAAGCAGUCAACAAUAAAGGCUCUGCAGCGAGUACCUGCAUUCUUACCAUUGAAAGUAAGAACCGCCUAGCUUUUAAUUCUUUCUUUUAAUUAGAAAGUAAAUAGGAAAAAAAUAUCAUUCUUCUUCUUCUUCUCUUUUUUUAGUGGACGACUACUAGGCUUCCUUCUUUCCUUGGAACUCACACUCUCUCUACAACUCUCUUGAUACAUCUCUGUGGAAGGGCCAAAAAAGACCAGAGGUGCCACUAUGUUGACUUAAUACCUUUUCCCAAAUCUUUGAAACAGGAAUUUAAAAUCUUUGCCCGUAUCUUCAAAAUCUAAAGAAUGUCUUUUCCAAUGUUUAUUACCAUGCUGUGCAAAGUCAAAAUGUAGUUGAUGGGGAAGGGAAAUGUGUUCAUUCUCAGAACCCAAACAAAAGCUUUGUAUUUUCCAUAUUCAUAGCAAUUAUGCUUAAUGCAUACAUAGUUUGCAUGAAUAAAAUGAAGUUUUUAUAUCUAAAAUUAGCCAAUGACAACAAAAUUGGAAUUGACCAGUUCUUCUCUGUAGUACGUAACUGUAGAGUCCAAGUCUCUCUGAGGCAGGUAUACGGACAAAGAAGGAACAUGGAGAAGAAAACCCCAAGGAGGAAUUGAGAAACUACUACUAAAUUAAAUUUGAUAGAAACAUGUAUUUUUCAAAUUAUGUAUAUUUAAUUUUCUGAUAAACUAUUAUUUUAUGUUGUGAAACCAUAAUAAAG